AUGGACGGCGGCGGGGUGCCGCCCGCCCUGGAGAAGAACGCGGCGGAACUGACGGUCAUGGACGUGUACGACAUCGCUUCGGCCGUGGGGCAGGAGUUUGAGCGGGUGAUCGAUCAGCACGGCUGCGAGGCCAUCGCCCGCCUCAUGCCCAAGGUGGUGCGGGUGCUGGAAAUCCUGGAGGUGCUGGUGAGCCGCAACCACAUCAACCCCGAGAUGGAGGAGCUGCGCCUGGAGCUCGACCGCUUGCGCCUGGAGAGGAUGGACCGCAUCGAAAAGGAGCGGAAGCACCAGAAGGAAUUAGAACUGGUGGAGGAUGUCUGGAGAGGGGAAGCACAGGAUCUUCUUACCCAAAUUGCACAGCUGCAGGAGGAGAAUAAACAACUGAUGACAAACUUGUCUCACAAAGACAUUAAUUUCACAGAAGAGGAAUUUCAGAAGCAUGAAGGGAUGUCAGAGAGAGAGCGGCAAGUCAUGAAGAAGCUGAAGGAAGUGGUAGAUAAACAGAGGGAUGAAAUCAGGGCAAAGGACCGGGAACUUGGACUUAAAAAUGAGGAUGUAGAGGCUCUUCAGCAGCAGCAGAACAGGUUGAUGAAGAUCAACCACGACCUGCGGCACCGCAUCACGGUGGUCGAGGCGCAGGGGAAGGCGCUGAUUGAGCAGAAGGUGGAGUUGGAAGCAUAUCUGCAAACCAAGGAGCAGGAGAUGGGCAACCUGAGAGCAGAGCUGGGGAAGCUCAGAGAAAAGCUGCAGGGUGAGGACAGCCAGGCCAGCCAAAAUGGGGAGGAAGUAAAGGCAGAACCAAACAAUGAUGAUUGUCUCUCUGAGUCAGAAAAGAUGGCAAUGGACUUAAAAGAUCCCAAUCGCCCAAGAUUCACCCUGCAGGAGCUCCGGGAUGUCCUUCACGAGAGGAACGAACUGAAAUCUAGAGUGUUUUUGCUUCAAGAGGAGCUUUUAUAUUACAAAAGUGAGGAAAUGGAAGAAGAAACUAGAUCCCCACAGCCUACACCCAUAAUUCAGCCAAAACCCUCAACUCAGCCUGAAUCUGGAAUCAAACGACUGUUUAGUUUCUUCUCUCGUGAUAAGAAACGUAUGCAGGCGUCACAGAAAAAUGUCCACUUCCAGGGAACUUUUGGAGAAUGGUCACAUUCAAACAGAGACGACUCCUACAUGGAACAAGGACAAGAAGCCCUGCAACACCUGUGA